AGGAUGAUAUAUGUCUUGCGUGGACAAGCAGGAACUCAUCGUCUGGAGCCGGUUGAAAGCGGUUUAUUGCGAAUUUUUCAUUGAUUCAAGAACGUAAAACAGCUAGCAGUAUCUUGUUCGUUGUCUUAAACGUUGAAGCUACUGUAUUUAUCCGUCGUUAGCGCUUAGGAAAGAGAGCGAGCGUUUACUGUCUCUUACCCCGCGCGCGGGUAAAGCGGCUACGGGAAGUUGACUGGGCGGGAUAGUGUGUCAGAAAUAUCUAAAUCGACAUUUAUCGACAAUUCUCUUUGAGUGGAAUGAGCUACCAUUCAACCAGCGUGUCUGUUGCACAAUGGAUGUCCGCUCUGUCUGCCUAAUUGCCCAAGCCAAAACAAACUGUAACAGAUCUAGUCUAUUCAGAGGAUAGCAAUAGGCCCUCACUCCACCCUCUCCCUUAACGUUACACAUCAGUUUAGAGCAGAGCAGUGCAGAUUCUCUCUCUAGUGUCUGGAUUGCUUUGAUUUGCUGGUUUAGCGAAGGGGCGAAGGUAGGUCUGAGGCAGAAAACCGAUUUAGAAACACUAGUACCUCAAUUAUCUGGGGAUUAAAAUAUCCAGUGUGCUGCUGCUUUUGAUUUAUUUAUAUAAUUUGGUUCUCCCUGUAAGAUUGUGAAGUUUUUUUCUGUAUAACUUGAAAACCAUCUACGCACAAUGGUGUCGACAACUCUGGCCACGGUAACCAUUUUGACCACCCUUGCCGCUCAAACGCAUCUGUCAGAUUAUCUAUGGCUACUAAUCGUAGGCUUCAUCAUAGCAUUUGUCCUGGCCUUUUCGGUGGGUGCUAAUGACGUCGCCAACUCGUUUGGUACGGCGGUAGGAUCAGGUGUAGUUACCCUUAAGCAGGCCUGCAUUCUUGCUACUGUGUUUGAGACGCUUGGCUCUGUGCUGCUUGGAGCCAAGGUCAGCGAGACCAUCCGCAAAGGCAUUAUCGAUGUGACCAUGUACAACGGCUCGGAGCACGUGUUGAUGGCUGGAUCAGUCAGCGCUAUGUUUGGCUCGGCUGCAUGGCAGUUGCUUGCUUCUUUUCUGAAGCUUCCUAUUUCUGGGACCCAUUGCAUUGUUGGAGCUACCAUUGGCUUUUCGCUGGUCGCCAAAGGUCAGCAGGGCGUCAAAUGGCUGGAGCUUCUUAGAAUUGUUGCUUCAUGGUUCCUCUCACCUCUCCUCUCCGGCAUCAUGUCUGCCGUUCUUUUCUACUUUGUCCGCAUCUUCAUCUUACAAAAGAAAGAUCCCGUGCCCAACGGUCUGAGGGCCCUGCCUUUCUUCUACGCUGUUACAAUGGGAAUCAACCUGUUCUCCAUCAUGUUCACUGGCGCACCGAUGCUGGGCUUCGAUAAGCUGCCCUGGUGGGGAGUGCUGCUCAUUUCCAUUGGCUUCGCCCUGGUCACCGCCAUCAUCGUCUGGUUUGCUGUCUGCCCACGGCUAAAGAAGAAGAUCGAAUGUGAAGUAAAGUCUUCCAGUCCCUCUGAGAGUCCUCUGAUGGAGAAGAGGGAGCUGCAUGAAGUUCACAGUCCCAUCCUGAAACCUGUCCCUGAGGAGUCCAAUGCCCUGUCCUCUAACAGCCCCUCUGCCCCCACUCUAUCUGAGGAGCGCAGGGUCACCUUUGACAUUGGAGAUUCAGAUGACGCAGAUCAGAAGGACUGCAAAGAGUCAGAGACUGGCAGUGCAGCUCAGAAGACGGCCCAUGUUCAUUUCACCACCGGCCCCACUCACAUUCCUAGCAAUGGUUACUCUCAGUACCACACAGUUCACAAGGACUCCGGCCUCUACAAGGACCUGCUGCACAAACUCCAUCUGGCAAAAGUGGGAGACUGCAUGGGGGAGGGCGGCGACCGGCCCAUCCGUCGUAACAACAGCUACACAUCAUACACCAUGGCCAUCAUUGGUAUGCACGGAGACUUCAAGCCCAAAGAAGGUGACUUCCGUGCUUCUGAAGAUGGAGACAAGGAAAAAGCCAACGCCCAGGAGAGGAAGCGCAUCCGCAUGGACAGCUACACGAGUUACUGCAACGCAGUGGCGGAGAAUGGGGCACCUGAAGGCCUUGGUGAUGGCGAGGUUGCUUUGGAGAUUGCCGACGAUGAUGCUGGGAGCAGCCGUAGUUCUUUGGACGAGGAUAGAGCUGAUGCUGACAGACCUGAAGUGUCAAUGCUAUUCCAGUUCCUGCAAAUUCUCACCGCCUGUUUUGGCUCCUUUGCUCACGGAGGAAAUGAUGUCAGUAACGCAAUUGGUCCCCUGGUUGCCCUGUGGCUGGUCUAUGAGAGUAGCUCCGUUAUAUCGAAUGCACCGACUCCAAUCUGGUUGCUGCUGUAUGGAGGAGUGGGCAUCUGUGUCGGUUUGUGGGUCUGGGGCCGUAGAGUCAUCCAGACCAUGGGCAAGGACUUGACCCCCAUCACUCCGUCUAGUGGUUUCAGCAUCGAGCUCGCCUCAGCUGUCACUGUUGUGGUUGCUUCCAACAUCGGUCUUCCAGUUUCCACCACUCACUGCAAGGUCGGGUCGGUGGUGGCUGUCGGUUGGCUGCGCUCCAGGAAGGCAGUGGACUGGCGACUGUUCAGAAACAUCUUUAUGGCCUGGUUUGUCACCGUGCCCAUCUCUGGCCUUAUCAGCGCAGCCAUCAUGGCCCUGUUCACCUACGUCAUUCUGUGAGGCCUUGAAAGUCCACUCUGCCUCCCUCUCUGCUCACGACGAGCCCCCAACUGCGACCAGGAUCCCCAGAGAGAGAGGGCACAUCUCAACCUUCCCUUCUCUGUCUCUCUCUACCUGCCCCCCCCUUCCAUCAUCCCCGUGAUGAGUGGGGGAUCAAAAAGGCCCCUUUUGAUAGAGUCUGUGAUUCUUGGCUGCGUUUCUAGCCUGUAUUGAUGAUUUUUGUGUAUUGCACCAAAUCACGCCAUAGGCCACAGAAGAAAACGUCUUUAAACCUAGAAUGGUUGCCAUUUAAAUUCCCUCUUGUACAUAUGUCAAAUCACCUUGUUUAUUUGUUUUUUAUGUAAUUAUGUACAGAACUAAGGGUUUUUUUUUUAAGGUAAAAUAAUUACAAUGCAGUAUUAGCCUUCAGUUGACACGUGUUUUUCAUCACUUUCAUAAUCUGAGUUUUUUAGAGAAGCGGUAUUUCAGUGGGGGAGAGGAAUUGAGUUAUAUUUUCCUUCUCAAUAUGCAUUUUCCACUUUUUUUCAAACAGGCCUGAAUAAACUCAAAUCUGGCCGCAAAUAGAGCCUUAUCACACCCAUGGUUUUAUUAGAGUCUUGUGAGGGUUGAUUUGCAAAGUAAAUAGGUUGCUCACAUCAUGUUCCUUAAUACAAUCUCAGUGUCCUUUUCCAGAUGUCUUGUUUUACUUUUAGUUCUUUUGUAGGUUACACUACAAAACGGGCCUCUAAACAGUCAUUGUUAUUCUUCAAAGGUUUACAAUCUCAAAUUGUUCUUUUGGUGUUUUACACCACUGUAACUGAGCUGUUAAUAUUUGCUCUGCUUUGCCCAGCACCUAAUAACAACUAUAAUGGACCAAGCUGUGCUUGGAGAUGCAGUUAAACAUCUCAGCAGCUACUGCAAAGAUUCACGCUUUUCCUAGAAGCACAGAACCGCUCUUCUGUAGUUAGUAUGCUGUUGGCGACUCCUUUAAGUGCAGCGCGUCCCCAAAUGUUUGCUGUAGACAACUGAACUCCAUACGGUGGAUUAUGGGCCAUUGUGCUCAACCACCAAGGGUUGCUGUUGUUGCAUACGGAUGAGGUUUUACUUGGAUACCCAAACUCUCAUUUUAUCAGUGUAAUACUGGACAGGGUUAAUUAUAAAAAAAGAUCCACCUGCCAAAAUGAAUACAAUAAUUUGUUUUAGUCAAGAAAUAUAACAACCAGUGAGCCUCUUCCCUUUUCAAGUAUUACAGUAAUGCUUUGCUGUGGCGCUUGACAUCCGAAACCGUGACUUAGACUUGAUGGGAAUGAAGUUUCCUUCUGCUGGAUUUGAGACCAUUGGCUUUCCUGUAAAACUUGACGGAUGGUGUAACUCAUCUGCUCCAGCCUUCUCGUAGACCUGCUUCUGUAGUACUUCUGCGGAAUGUAAUACCAGUACAAACACAGUAUAUGUAUAUAUUUUACAACGGGUUGCUGUUGCAACCCUUACAGCAACACAAAUGACUUACCCUAUUUAAUAGAUAGGUGUGGGAAAGUGGUGUUAAAUGAUGGUUUGGUUUGGACUGAAGGUAGCAGUAGCUCCAUCUGGACUGCAGUGAACCACCAUUUGAGUGGUCGUUUGGUUGUGAAUUUAACACAUUUAGACCUUAUAUAGUUGCUGUAGUUGCCUUAAGGAUGUUUUCUUUUCUUUUUUCUUUUUUUUUUUUUUU